AACCACUGCGGGGAGGCGGCGGGGGGGGGACGGAGCGCGUCCGGCGGAGUUACAGGAAUGUGCAUGAAUUGAUUGAUUUCCACCAUGUUCUCGCAGUGUUCCCAGGAUCUCUUAAAGAUUGCAAAUCUUCAUCUCCGCGGUCUGAAUUUUAAUCUGCAUUUAAGAAACCACAGGAGAGCUUUCAGCAAGUCACUGCCUGCUUGUCGAAGGAAAGUAGUUGUUACAGGUAUCGGCUUAGUGUCUCCUCUCGGUGUGGGGACUCAGCUUGUGUGGAAGCGCCUUCUCCAAGGAGACAGUGGGAUCACAUCACUAGAUGGGGAAGAAUAUGCAGGCAUUCCGUGUAGAGUGGCUGCCUGUGUGCCACGGGGAGACGAGGAGGGUCAGUUCAAAGAAGAGAGCUUUGUAUCGAAGUCAGAGGUCAAAUCCAUGAGUUCUGCUACUGUCAUGGCCAUUGGUGCAGCAGAGCUAGCAAUAAAGGACGCUGGCUGGUCUCCGCAGUCUGAACAGGACCGCUUAACAGCUGGUGUGGCAAUUGGAAUGGGAAUGGUUCCACUGGAGGAGAUUUCUGAUACAGCUUCUUUAUUUAAAACAAAGGGUUAUAACAAGGUCAGCCCGUUCUUUGUCCCAAAGAUUUUAGUCAAUAUGGCAGCAGGUCAGAUCAGCAUUAAAUACCAGCUGAAAGGGCCGAAUCACGCUGUGUCAACUGCUUGUACCACUGGUGCGCAUGCUGUUGGAGACUCCUCUCGAUUUAUUGCCUCUGGUGAUGCUGAUGUCAUGUUGGCUGGAGGGACUGAGGCUUGCAUUAGUCCUUUGUCCUUGGCUGGAUUUGCAAGAGCUCGGGCCCUCAGCACUAGUUUUAACUCAAGCCCUAAAAUGGCAUGUCGGCCAUUUGAUUCACAGAGAGAAGGGUUUGUAAUGGGAGAGGGUGCUGCUGUGCUGGUCUUGGAAGAGUAUGAACACGCUGUGCAAAGAGGUGCUAGGAUCUAUGCAGAAGUUCUGGGUUAUGGACUGUCGGGCGAUGCUUGCCACAUAACAGCACCUAAUCCAGAGGGAGAUGGUGCGUUCAGGUGUAUGUCUGCAGCAAUAAAAGAUUCUGGAAUCAAGCCUGAAGAUGUAACGUACGUCAAUGCACAUGCAACUUCUACACCUCUGGGAGAUGCUGCUGAGAAUCAAGCGAUCAAGAGACUUUUUAAAGAUCACUCACGUAACAUUGCAGUUUCUUCAACAAAGGGAGCAACAGGACAUCUUUUGGGGGCUGCAGGAGCUAUUGAAGCAGCUUUUACUGCACUGUCCUGUUACCAUGGAAUUUUGCCACCUACUUUAAACUUAAAACAAACAGAGCCGGGAUUUGAUCUCAAUUAUGUUCCAUUAACAGCUCAGGAGUGGAAAACUGCAAAGCGGCGUAUUGCACUCACAAAUUCAUUUGGCUUUGGUGGUACCAAUGCAACUUUGUGCUUUGCAAGUGUUUAACUUGCGCUGUGCAUGUUAUGAAAAAUGGCACUCAGUCAUUUUCUGUACUGCCAUCCUUGGUGUAUUCGGUAAUCUUUUCUCAGCUUGGAGACUUGAUACGUAAGAACUUUACUCACCCCAACACUUACAUCAGUAAUUUUUUUAGGAAGAUGGAAUUUCUUUUACUCAUUUUAAUAAAAAUAAAUACAAGAACUAUUCUAUAUGUGGUAAAGAAGUUUUUAUUCAUCACUAGAAGGGGAGACUUGUAGCAACUAAUCUGAAUAGCACUAUUUUGUGAGAAGAGGGUCAAGGUGAUGACAAAUUUCAAUGACAUGAUGCAUUUAUGACUACUGUAUCUCUUGUCUCUGUCAUUUUUUGGGCCAAAUGAUUAACUUCUUUUGAACUCUGACUUGCUUAUAAAAUUAAAUGCAGAUAUGAAAUUUCAAAUGUGGAUUUUCUUUACUUCAUUUUCCUCCUUUUGUUUAUCUAAAUUCAUUUCCUAUGAUGUUCUUUUCAGCAGUCAAGAUGGAGUACCAUCUGGCUGUGCAUAUGGAUAUUAGUUUUAUGUAGUGAAAAGAGAAAGUGGACGUUCAUGCAUUUGGUAGGCUCUUAUAUCUCAUCUCCUAAACUAUCAGCUGCUGUAGUGAGGCAGGUAGUGCUCUUUUUUUGGCAUUCUGCCUGCAGCACUGCUCAGCAUGCACUGGUAGUCUGUGUUAGACACUGGAGUGGGAGGUACUGCCUCUCAUAAUCAGAGAGUGCUGCUAAUCCGCAGUAUUCUGCUUUUGAUAUUGGCAGGAGUUCUGAUGAUGGUGUGAUCUCAAAAUCCCUUUCAGGCAAAAGAUACCCUGAGUAUCAGUGUAGGUUGGUGGGGUUUUCUCCCAUUUUGGCUGGCAAAAAGCCUUACAGAGUACCCAUUGUAUGCCCACUAUAAUUAAGCUCUAGAUUGCCAACAUCUCAUCUAAAGCAUGAGUUUAAUUGUGUCCUCUGCUUUUAUUUUAAUGUACCAUUACAAUUUAAUUUAGACUUGUCUGGUAUCUGAGUCUGAUGGUUUAGUUUUGAAUAAAAGAAGUUGUGAAUGCACAAAAGCAGUAAUGCCAGUUGUCCUUGAAAAAGAAGAUGAAAGCUUUUGGUCUUCCAGCUCCUUGUUCAGUUUCCAACAGGUCGAGGAAAUCAACUCGGUGCUUAUACCAGUCUUGAUGUGUAUGGAGGAGAAAAAAUGGUACAAGGAUAUCAAAGUCAUCGGAAUAUGGGUUAUGUAGUGGAGUUUGUUAGUUGAGCUAGACAGAAAAAUUCUCACUGAUAUUCCUUAGCCAGCUCAUUUCUUGGUAGCUAAAAAUAUA